AUGAAAUUGCUUCUCGUAUUAUUGUUAGCCGGAGGAGCUCUUGCCUCGUGGAGGCCAGAACCAGACUGUGAUGAUUACACGUGUCCGUCGGGAUUCCAGAUGUUUGAUAGAGCCGAUACUGGGACCUGGUGUAUUAAGGUAGUAACUGAUAAGAAGACAUGGUGGGAAGCGGAGAAGGAGUGUCGUUGCAAAUAUGGCGCUACCCUAUCCGGAAUCGAGAGCGACGUCGAACACAAAUACAUUCUCAAUGAGUUGCAGAAGGGAGGUGUCAGCGGAGCAGUUUGGAUCGGAGCAUAUCGACGAGCUGCAUGCAGAGGACCAGUUGGAAAUUGGCGGAGCAAAAGCGAGUGCACCAACGAAUACAUGUUCCAAUUCACCGAUUACAACGCUCGUGGACGAUACAUUUUCUCGAAGUGGCAAUCGAAUGAGCCAACGAGCCAAAUUCGAGGAAAUGAGCAAGAGAAUUGCGUCGCGAUGAAUGUCUCGCCAAAUUCGGGAAGCAUCAAGGAUGAAUUCUGCUCCGCUCAGAAUAUUGGAUUCGUUUGUGGUGUCUCGGCUGAAGGAAAAAAAUACGGAGCAUCAAGACCAUAA